AUUGGGUAAAUAGGUCGCCAGUUUCUACCCCAGUUUCAUGGAGAGUUUUCAGAAUCUGUAAUUUCGCCAAUCUGAUGGAUCGACUAUGAAUAAAUCAUCCAAAAUUAACGUCAAUGCUUCAUCCUUGGUUGGCUUGAAGGCUGAGCUUUUCAAGAAGCAGGAGCAGCUAAAGAGAGAUCGUCUUCAACCUGGAGGCAGCACUUCAUCCAAUAAAAACAGACAUGGAGAAUCUAAGAAGCCGUCCAUCUGGAACAAGAAGAAUGCUGGAGUGCAAGGAAGAGCUGAGAAGGAUCUAGAGCAGCUGGCUGAGGAGAGGGAUGAGCUUGAUAAUGCAAGGAAUAAGUUGGAAGCCAAGGCCAUGUUUUAUGAGAAGAUGACAAAGGAAGGUUACCUCCCAGACAGUGAUUCAGAAGAGAGGUUUCUGGUUGAUUUUGAGAGGAAGGCCUUGGAUAAAAAGGAAGCAUUCAAGCACAGAGUCGAAGAACUUGAAAAUGAAGAAGAUAUCCCACCUCCUGCUAAUCCAGACGAAGAAUGGGUGAACUACACUGACACUCUUGGGCGGUCAAGAUGCUGCAUGAGGAAGGACCUUCCUAAUCUGAUCUCCAUGGACAAGAAACUCAACCCUCAAGUCUAUGAGUAAAAGAAAGAUGAUCUACCCGAUCUGAUGUCUAACGACAUGUACCGUGAGAUGCUACGCAAGAAAUGGGAAGAGGAGGAAGAAGAAGCAGCGAAGGGACCUCUCGUCUCCACCCACUUUCAAAAUGUCAAAUACGAUGAGGUUCGUGACAUGGGUGUAGGAUACUUUGAUUUCUCUAAGGAUAAGAAUCAAAGGAACCAACAGAUGGAGACAUUGCAACUACUCAGAGAUGAGACUUUGGGUCAGAGGGAGAGAAGAGAGAAAUUAAAGCUGAAGAGAAAAGCAGCCAUGAAAGCCAGACUGGAGAAGAUCAAGGAGAGGAAACGAGCGAGGGGAGAAGUGAUUGAGGAUGAGGAAGAGGAGGAGGAGGAGGAGAAGAAGAAGGAAGAUGACAGACUGACUGAAGCAGCAGAGGAAAGCAAGCCAGUGAAGGAGAGCAAAGUCAGAGAAUGGGAUGUUGGAAAAGAACCAGUGUCUGCCUGGGAACAGAAGCUAACGAACAUCAGAGAGGAGAGACCGUCUGAAUUUGCUCCUCCGUCCAUCUACACCGAGUCUGGCCGUAAGAGAGGUCAAAAUCAAACACCUACCAGUAGAUACCCUCCACCAAAGGACUACAACUCAUCCUUCACAAAUCCAACCAAGCAAAAGACCGUUAACAAGCCUAGCAGUGCAACAUCAUCUGAAUUUGCCCCGCCAGAGGUUACCCCGUCCGAGUUUGCCCCGCCCGAUAGCUACAAGGAUCCAUCUCUCGAAACACGGCAUCGAAGCAAAAUUAAUUUGCCGCCACCGAGGGACUAUUCAUCCAUGUAUGGAAGAGCCAAGGAAAAGACUGGGGAGAAGUCUAGCACUGCCACGUUGUCACAGUGGAACAAACCAAGCGGGUGGUCAGAUUCGAAUCCACCAUUCACUGCUGGAGGGGGGUUGGGUUUUAGCAGCAGUGGAGGGACUGCAGGAAGGACUGGAUCAGGGGGUGUAUCCACACCUACAGUGCAGGCAGCUGCUAGUGAUGUUAAUAAAGGGAUGGAGGACGGUGAGAGUGCCAUAGCCUCGGCCUUGUCAUUUUUCAGGAAAAAUGCAGGGAAGUAAAAGAAGUAUUUUUCUUGACCAAUAUGGAGUGGAUUCAAUAAUACAGGCAAUGUCAUUGGUCACAUGAUGCCACAUGAUCAUGCUUGAUCUUUCCUACGCUGCAAAACAAUUACUUCAAAGAGUGAUAACUCACGGCCAUGAUGCAAAUAGUUGUGCAUCUGGCACCAUCAAAUAAACUGGUUUACUAACCUAUUCAUAUUAAUAGAUAUUUCUAUCCUGUGGACCUAGUGACGAGGUAUUCCAUUGAAUGAACUACAAUCCAGUCUGCCUUCAUUACUUGUUGCUAUGUUGGGCAAACCAUUAGAAAGUAUCUGCGAGCUGUCGGAUUGUCAAGAACAACCUUUCUUUAAAAAGUAUGCAUACAGUUUGAAUAUGUUAGUAAACCUGUCUAUCACUAGCUUGUUUUAUACUUUAAAAAAAUUGUAUUACUUCCCCGUCAAAAAAUGCAAUAUGGAAAGAAAAUGACUGACAAAUAUUUUAACUCUGAUAAUCAGACAUAGUUUUCUGUCUACCUACUUUUAGCUUAUACAGUAGGUUUGCGAGAGCACCAUGUGAGAGAGAGAGAGAGAGGGUUGAGGAGUCCUGAAAAGGACUC